AUGAUGUUUUUCACGUGGUAUGGCCUCGUGUUCAUCACCGUCCUCUUCGUCCUCCUCUCCCCGGGGAUGCUGCUGCAGAUCCCAGGGGACAACCAGCCAGUGGAGUUUCAGAAUUGGCGCACCUCUUUGCCAUCAGUGGUGGUGCACGCCGUAGUCUUCCUCGCCCUCAUCCUGCUCUCCAAUUGGCUCUUCCCUUCCUUUCUACACGGCCUUCCCCAACACGACCUCCCCCCACUCAAUCCGUUUCCCACUCCGCCUUCCCCCUCUCCCCCCCUCUUCACCUGCCUCCCCACCAACGCUCACACUCAGCUUAGGCAGCACUUCGACGAGCUGGUGACUAGUUCACUGCUUACAAAAAAGGUUUCACUGCUUCCUAGCAACCCUCGGUCACCUCCUUCUCCCCCCCCCUCAACCGCAGUCCCACCAAGACUCAUGCUCAUCUUAAGCAGCACCAGAAAGUGUUCGUGCCGAGAUGACUGCCCAUGCAUCACCUUCUAUGGGUGCAUCACCUUCUAUGGGUGCAUCACCUUCUAUGGGUGCAUCACCUUCUAUGGGUGCAUCACCUUCUAUGGGUGCAUCACCUUCUAUGGGUGCAUCACCUUCUAUGGGUGCAUCACCUUCUAUGGGUGCAUCACCUUCUAUGGGUGCAUCACCUUCUAUGGGUGCAUCACCUUCUAUGGGUGCAUCCCCUUCUAUGGGUGCAUCACCUUCUAUGGGUGCAUCACCUUCUAUGGGUGCAUCACCUUCUAUGGGUGCAUCACCUUCUAUGGGUGCAUCACCUUCUAUGGGUGCAUCACCUUCUAUGGGUGCAUCACCUUCUAUGGGUGCAUCACCUUCUAUGGGUGCAUCACCUUCUAUGGGUGCAUCACCUUCUAUGGGUGCAUCACCUUCUAUGGGUGCAUCACCUUCUAUGGGUGCAUCACCUUCUAUGGGUGCAUCACCUUCUAUGGGUGCAUCACCUUCUCUUCUUUUCCGACAGCACCCACAGCAGCACUGAGGGUCUCCUCUCCUCCCCUUGGCCCGCCACCCCACCAACACUCAAACUCAUCUUCGGCAGCACCGGCAAGUGUCGCAACUCCCACAGCAGCACUCAGGCUCUACUCUCCUCCCCUUGGCCUGCCACCCCACCAACGCUCACACUCAUCUUAG